AGCUGCAGCCCGCCGGCUCGCCAGUGCAGCCGCGAUGCCCCGGAGCCCGAGCCCGACCCCGGCCCGGGUUCCCGGCCCACCGCGUAUUUAGCCUCCGUGCGUCCCGAGCGCGCCACCGCGAACGCCGCGCCCCGACGCAGCUAUGGGCAACACUGUGCACAGGACCCUGCCAGACUCGAGCCCGCCCGCGCGCCUCCUGGCCACCCGGCCUUGCUGCGGCCCUGGCCCGGAGCGGCGCCCGGUCCUGGGCGAAGCGCCGCGUUUCCAUGCACAGGCCAAGGGCAAGAACGUGCGGCUGGACGGCCACUCGCGCCGGGCCACGCGGCGCAACAGCUUCUGCAACGGGGUCACGUUCACGCAGCGGCCCAUCCGGCUAUACGAGCAGGUGCGGCUGCGCCUGGUGGCCGUGCGCCCGGGCUGGAGUGGGGCGCUGCGUUUCGGCUUCACGGCGCACGACCCAUCGCUCAUGAGUGCCCAGGACAUCCCCAAGUAUGCCUGUCCUGACCUGGUCACGCGGCCCGGUUACUGGGCCAAGGCGCUGCCCGAGAACCUGGCGCUGCGCGACACUGUGCUGGCCUACUGGGCGGACCGCCACGGCCGUGUCUUCUACAGCGUCAACGACGGCGAGCCCGUGCUCUUCCACUGCGGUGUGGCCGUGAGCGGCCCUCUCUGGGCGCUCAUCGACGUCUACGGCAUCACCGACGAGGUGCAGCUCCUCGAGAGCGGGUUCGCCGACACGCUGACACCCGCGCGCCUCGGCCAGGCCCGCUUCAGCGCGUGCCUGCCGCCCAGCAGCCACGACGCCGCUAACUUCGACAACAACGAGCUGGAGAACAACCAGGUUGUGGCCAAGCUGGGCCACCUGGCUCUGGGCCGCGCCCCAGGCCCGCCGCUCGCCGACCACGCGGCCGCCGCCAUCCCGUGCGGGCCCCGCGAACGCCCGCGGCCCUCGUCGUCGCCGGCGCUGCUAGAAGCCGACCUGCGCUUCCACGCGACGCGCGGGCCCGACGUGAGCCUGUCGCUCGACCGCAAGGUGGCCUGCGCGCCGCGGCCUGACGGCGGUCGCACGCUUGUCUUCUCCGAGCGCCCGCUGCGGCCCGGCGAGAGCCUCUUCGUGGAGGUGGGCCGCCCGGGGCUGGCGGCGCCCGGUGCGCUGGCCUUCGGCAUCACGUCAUGCGACCCGGGCGGGCUCCGGGCCGCCGAGCUGCCCACCGACCCCUACGCGCUGCUCGACCGCAAAGAGUACUGGGUGGUGGCGCGCGCCGGGCCCGUGCCGAGCGGAGGCGACGCGCUCAGCUUCACUCUGCGGCCCGGCGGCGACGUGCUCCUGGGCGUCAAUGGGCGCCCGCGCGACCGCCUGCUGUGCGUCGACACCACGCAAGCGCUCUGGGCCUUCUUCGCCGUGAGCGGCGGCGCCGCAGGCCAGCUGCGCCUCCUCGGCACCCUGCAGUCCAGCCCUGCAACCACAUCCCCAUCAGGAUCCCUCAGUGGCUCCCAGGACGAUAGCGAUUCCGACAUGGCCUUCAGUGUCAACCAGUCCUCCUCGGCAUCUGAAUCAUCCCUGGUGACGGCCCCCAGCUCCCCACUGAGCCCACCAGUGUCCCCCGUGUUCUCCCCACCGGAGCUGGCGGGCAGCAAGAACAGCGAGUGCGCGGUGUGCUUUGAUGGCGAAGUGGACACAGUCAUCUACACGUGUGGACACAUGUGCCUGUGCCACGGCUGCGGCCUGCGGCUCAAGAGGCAGGCCCGGGCCUCCUGCCCCAUCUGCCGGCGGCCCAUCAAGGACGUCAUUAAGAUCUACAGGCCGUAGCCUGGCCCGCCGACGGCCUUGACCAGAGCAAGGUCACCUUUCUGAAGCCCACCCCCACCCCGGGCCGGGCAACCACCAUGGCCGCCGGGGAGUCCAAGGGCAGCAGCUAUCUUGCCUGCCGCUCUCCAGUGGUGGGCAAGGCGUGACACUCGUGGACACGAGGCCCCCGGGGGUCUCAGUCCAAGUGAGGGUUGCUUCUGGCUCGAAAGUGCUUUGCCCCCAAAAGGCCGUCCCAAGAGCGAGCUCAGGAACUGCCUGGCAGACUGCCCUGUCCCCCGGUGACCUCUCAGCUGAGAUAUGGCGUCCUGUGUGCAAUGCCUUUUGCUGGGGUUGGGUUGAGUGUGUGUGAGAGAGGGGGAGGGGAGGGAGGGAGACAGUCCAGAGAGGGCAAGUGUGUGAGAAUGACCUAGAGAGAACGUGUAGGUAUUUAUCCAGGGAUCCUGGCUCUAGGAGGUUAUUUAACACUAAGGAAUGUGCAAUCCGGAGCCCAGACGGUAGCGUGACUAGAAGUUGUUCACUUUACAGGGCUGUGACGUCAGCUGGUUUUGAAUGUACAAAGCCUGCACCUAAACAGAACUCCCUCAGGUGGUAUAGAAAAGGGACACUCAGAUUUUCUAAGGCGAGGAAAAAAUAGCUCAUUGUUUACAGCUCCGAAGCGGCAACUCCUUGGGGAGUAGUUGGGCGGAGAACAUAAGAGAACAAUUUGCUUUUUCAGUUUCUAACUCAGUCUUGGAGAGGAGUUUUGACUGGGUGCUGGGGCCAGAGCUCUGGGCGGUGUCUUCUCCAGAAGCCUUGUCACCCCUUCAGCCCCAGACAGCCUAAUUACAAGCACACCACCCCUUGACUCCAUCCCUAUAUGCUUUUAGUCUGUAGCAUCCUCACCGUCUCCAAGGAGAAGACAAGCAACAGGUUCCCUUUUCCUGGGGCAGGGGGAAAGAAUCCUAGAUGCCGGUGAGCCACCUGGGGUUGGAAAGGGUCACUCCGAAGCUCUCCAUAUUUCCUGCUGAAAUACGGGGCCUGGCAUUUGCCAACGGCUGUGGGCAUCACCAGGAUGACCUGCUGGCCAAGUAGGGGAAGGAAGCAGGGCUUUGCAACCAGUCUUUGUCCUGAUUCUCAGCUUAUCUCCCCCUGGUGAUUACUAAGAUGUUAACUGUUCAUUAGGGUGUUAACUAGGAACUGAGACACUCGCUGAAAAUGCUGACACUGGGACUAUCCCCCUCCCCAGGGUUAUUUGCUGGGCACUUCCUGGGACCCUGGCCCUGCCCCAACCCCCUCCUCC